UCUAGUCUUCUAGGCUAGAAGUCAUCGGAGGUGAAACAAUCCUUUUUUACAUUAAAUUGGAAGUUUGCUUUUUCUGUUGUGUUCCUUGUUUAAUAUACCACCGUUUUCAAAGAAAUAUUUUACAGCAAAACUCGUAUAAUCAAAUAUCACAUUGUUUCACUAUUAUCUCGGUCAUCAGAAUAACAUUUUAAUACGAAGACAUGGCUCAGUUUCAGAGCUUUGUUACUAAAAAUUAAAAAUAUAAAGAUAAGUAGGCGAUUUCCUUUCACUGUGAGACAUCGACGAGGGAUUUUUUUUCACCAAUUUACAGUAACAGUAUAUUACCAUCCAGUAGGUGGCGACAUUUCACCAACCACACCAUUGCUUGCCAACCAACAAUAAGCAAGAGGAAGAAAAGUGGAAGCGGCGCAGCAAAUACGCCACAUUCAUCAUCUGUUUGUUUAUAGUUAUGUCAAGCGGCUCACGCGUCCAGUUAACUUUACCGCAGUGGGAUGGAGGCUGUCGGAAGAUUCGUUUUAUUUAUUUAAUGGAUUCUUCAUCCUUUAGUUUGACCAGCUGUCUCAGUCAGGGUCCAGUUAUUCCUCUGUAUUUCGGAGCUGAUCUCCUGUCCAGCACUGACAUCCGGGUGGAAAACCAUCCCAGGUACCAUGCAAAGUUUGCAAAGAAAGGGCUUGCCACUAAAGUGCAUUUUCCCUCAGAAUUUAGAUUCCAGGGACUGAGGGUGCCUGCUGCAAAUAACAGUUUGUGGUUCUACAGCAUUCAAGGACUUUUCCGAUUAGCUUUUGAAAUGUACAAUCAACAAGAGCAGCUUGCAGUGCUAGAGAACUUCCAGGAUGUUUGGAAAUCUAAGAUGGAUCAAGGUCCACUAGAAAUGAGCUACAACCUCAAUAUGCAGCUUGACAUUCCAGUGUCUCCAAGCAUGGCUGACAGAGAGUUAGAGAGUGGAAUACCUGGACAUAAUCAUAGCCAGACCAACAGGAAAAUCCUGGAUUCAUGUGUUAGAAAUGCAGCUGAUACAUCAGCAGAUCAUGAUUAUUGUUCGUUUACAAAGCAAAGCCGGCAAACCAAGAAUAUCCAUCCCACUGUAGCCUCUCUCAGAGAAAAGCUGCACCACUUGGACGAACAGCUCUGCGCUCCCACUCAGAGCUACACAGAUUGUCUGGAGACUAUCUUGCUGCUUUUAGAUAAGAUCAGUUUAUACAUGAAUGGAAACUUGGAUGAAAAGGAUGCAGCUGAAGCUGUGUUAGCACUACUGGAGGCUAAAGACUGGACCAAAGACUCUUUAUAUUCAAGUUACCUGCUCACUUGUAUGGGACGGUGGCUCGGCCAGCAGUUUCAUGCAGCAAACAGUAGCAUCAGUCAGAAGGUGGAGGGUUUCAAAGUUCAGCACAUUGAGCAAAUCAGCGAUUUGCCACCUGCUGAGGAGCUGGCUGCUGAGCUCUUUCCAGAAGCCAUGCAGACUCUGCUGCUGCACUGGAUGGGCUUGAUUGAUGAGUCAACUGAAGGAAAAAGACACAGCGAAUAUCCAAUCCUGCUUCUUAUUCUGGAGUUUGCAAACCAUAACCUCAUUACUGGCGUCGCUCAUGUGCUUUACUCAAGUCUCAUAUGUAAAUGAGGGAAUUUCCAUAGAACUGCCAACACUAUACUGGCACUUUCCUUACAGAUGGGAUUUUUUUGUAAAUUUAUUUCUUCUCCAAAGGAUAAACCAUAUCCAUUGUUCUAAGAGUAGGAGGAAAGGUGCAUUGUUAUUAGUUAUGUUAAUAUAACCUAACUUUGGUGAAACAUGCCAAUUAUUGUGGAUUUUUUUUAUUGUUUUCUGUAGAUCUGUUUGACCUCAGUAGAAUGUUAGUUGGAUUUUACAAAGAUCUUAAAUAUGACUCACCACAUUAUUUAAAAAGAAAAUUUUAAUCAGCUGCAUUAGGAUGCAAUUAAGUACACAGACAAUAAUCUGUUUAGUUUGCACAUUUUAUAUAGAGACUACUUUUCUUUAUAGCAAGUUUGAUCUUUUUUGAUAUUUCAUAGAUUUUCCUCUUUUGUAAGCAAGUAGGUGUUGAAAACAUUUACGUUCCAUUCACAUAAAUAAAUCUAUCAUCUUAUUGACCUUGAAGACGAAAGUGAAAAUAAAUCACAAUGAGAUGAGGAGGUAAGGGUCAGAUAGUAACUUGAGUCAAUGGAGUUGGAUCACGUGUAUGAUUCUAGGUUUGAUUUUUUAUUUAUUUUUUUACUCAAAGCCUGUUCUGUCCAUGAUACACUAUAAACAAUGGUGGGAUCAUUAAGAUGUUUAGGUCUGUUUUUAUAACCCCUUAAGUCAGGAGAUUCCAUUUGAAGCAAUCAUGUACGCUUUAACACGUAGCCACAGCUACACUAGGGCACGCUGAGACACGGCAAUGCAGAUGAAGCUUCUCACCAAAGGACAACAGCGACUGAGAUAUACAGAGCUGGGGUUCACAUGGUUUAAGUGAAAAUGAAAUUUGUUUUAGUCAAGAUGGUAAAAACAAAUGUUCUGGCUGGUUUUAAACUUUACUUUAGCUUUCAAUCUAUAUUGACCAUGCCAAAAUUAAUAUUUCAAUUUACAUUAGCAACAAUAUUUUAUCAAAUAGAAUGUUACAUUGACUUGGGAUCAUAAAACGAUUGUUGUAAAUAUAUUCUUGCUUUAAAAUCCUUACAUAAACCACUGCAGUCUUCCUUGCAACUGGAAACCCCUAAACAGCUCAAUCUCAGUAAGUUUGAAAGUAAACCUAGCAUAAGGCUGUAUCUGCUGCUUGGGCCUUUUCUUUUAUUAACCAAGCAAAGCCAUUUUCUCCAGUAAAAAAGUCA